AUGGAGGUUGGUGUGACCGUAGCCGCCACCGUACUGAAGACCAUCCUACCGAAGCUUUUGAAGGUGAUUAGUGAAGAGUUGGGGCAGGUUCAGCUUGAUGCUGGAUUCCUCCAACGUGAGCUUCAGUUGAUCCAAGCUCUCAUACGAGAUAAACCAUGGAUUAUCAGUCAUUUUCAUAGACUGGUACUCGCAGAGCUCAGGUGCUUGGCAGAUGACAUCGAAGAGUGCAUCGAUCGCUUCCACAUCGGGAAGAUGACCCGCAGACAGUUUGCCAGGGAGAUUGGUGUACUCAAGGACAGAGCAAAGGACACACGCGAGCAGUUAACAAGCUACAUCUACAUCAACUUGGCCACUUCAGGAUCAGGCAGCAGCGCACCACCGUCUUCCCAUCAUGAACUUGCUUCGCCACCGCCAGCUGGUCGCAUCGUUGACAUGAAGGACGCGGAGCAGGAACUUGUUGCACUUGUGCAGAGCGAUUCAGAGGAGAAGCUGAAGGUAAUCUCCAUUGUUGGCCUCGGCGGUGGCCCAGGUAUGACUCAUCUUGCAAAGCAGGUCUAUGAGGGUGAUGUCGGUCGCCAGUUCGGUUGUCGGGCCUGGGUUAGUGCGGCGGGCAAGUGCGCCAAAGAGAUUCUCGACCAACUCAUUAACGGUGUCAGCGGCACCACCAAGUCCGAGGAGGAGCUGCAGCAGGAGAUACAGAUACAAGAAUACGUCCUUUCAGAGCAAACCGCUGUGGGCAACGGCGUCCAUGAGAAUGGUGGCGAACAUGGCGGCGCCACGUUUAUCGAGCGUUGGCCGAAGAAUGAAAGAUUCUUGAUUGUAAUUGAUGAUGUGGCCGCAGAUGAGCUGUACGACAUGGUAUCUGCAUUCCCCUGGACUGAUGGAAUUGGAAGCACAAUUAUCUUGACAACAAACAUCCAGUCAGCAGGAACACGCUGCAUCUGUGGUAAAGGUUUAGCACUUGCUCAGUGUAGCAGCACAUCCCAAAUUUUUAAGAUCCUAGAGCUGACAGAAAGUAAAUUUGAAGAGGGCUACACCCUUAGAGCAAAGUUGGAAGAGAUGCUUGUCAGUAACUAUGAGAGUCUAGCUGGGCUUGGUCUUCAGGACUUGUUGCUAUACUUUUGCAUGUUCCCCUGUGAUCAUCCUGUCAGAAGGAAUCCUCUAAUAAGGAGAUGGUUGGCUGAAGAAAUCGUAUUCAUUGAACCAGAGGACGCUCGAAGUAGUCCCGAAGAGGUGGCAUUCAACACCCUCAUCAACCGCAAUAUCAUUCAGCCCGUUCAAGUAAGCAACACUGGAAAGGUGAAGAGAUGCCGGCCUUACGAGAUAAUGCUGGACCCCGUUUCUCGCAAGAAGUCAGCGUCCAAUAAUUUCAUCACCUUAGUCUGUGGUCGGACCGGCCAUGAACCGCCAUGUGUUCGCCGACUUUCUCUCCAUCCUAACAGAGCAGCAGCAGCAGCAAAUAGGCGGUUGAAACUGCCCAAGGAUUUAUCUCGUCUCCGUACCUUAGCGGUAUUCCCUGCUGCCAAUCUUGACAAUUAUAAGGAUACGCUUAAGUUUGCCAAGUAUGAGCUACUACGGGUGUUGGAUCUCAAGGAAUGCUCUCAUCUGGAAGAAAAACAUCUCAGAGAUAUAUGCGGCCUGCUUCUGCUGAAGUAUCUGAGCCUCGGUGAAACUAUUGGUAAGGUUCCACAGAAAAUAAGGAAUCUGCAACGUCUAGAGACGCUCGACAUGAGGAGAACCGAAACAGUGGAGCUGUGCUUAGAAGCCCUCAAGCUACCCAAGUUGAAACACCUGCUUGGAAAGUUUCAGCUACAAGAAAUCCCAAAUAAAAAGCUAGACAAGUUCUUGUCAGACAACUGUGGCUGUGACCUGGCCCUGGAGACGCUUUCAGGGUUUGUCGCGGACAGGAGGAAAGGAAUUUCACAACAGAUGCUUUUUAUGGGGCAGCUGAAGAAGGUGAAAAUAUGGUUGGAUUCUUCUGUAGAUGCCACCAGCAUUACUCAUCUUUCAGAUGCCGUCAAGGUGUUCACCAGUGACGGUAACAGUAUGGCUAGUGUUGAUCGCUCCUUGUCCAUUGAUUUCACAGAGUGCUCCACUGCCGAAUGCUCAGUUCGGCUCCUGGAAUCUCUACAAGCCCCGGGCAAACUGACCUCGCUCAAAUUGCGUGGCGACCUGACACAGUUCCUGGAUUCUCUACCAGAACCUGAGAAGUUUGUUACGAAGUUGAGGGGUAUUCAAGAGCUAUGCCUUUCGUCGACUAAUCUUGCAGGGGGCGCCAUUCUAGCCGGCCUGGUUAAUUUGCGGGUGCUGAAAUAUCUGAAGCUCGUCGAAGAUAACCUUGGCCCCCUGGUCAUACAACCUGAGCACUUCCCAUGCUUGCACCGGAUGUGCCUUGUGGGCGUGCGAAGUCUCCACGAUGUAACAAUCCAGGCUGGGGCUCUGCGGUCUCUUGUAUCGCUACAAAUGCUCUGCGAAUCUCUUGGUGAUCUUCCGGGCAUCGAAAUCAAACGCCUUCAAAAUCUGAAGGAAAUCGCUCUCCAUAGUCGGGUGGUUGAUGGGAUAAAAAUUGCAUGGCGAGCAGCGGCAAGGGACCACGCUAAUAAGCCCAAUGUCUGCUUCAUAGAAACCUAG